GCUGCUGACCUGAGCAAGCCCAUAGACAAGCGCAUCUACAAGGGAACGCAGCCCACCUGUCAUGACUUCAACCACCUCACAGCUACAGCAGAGAGUGUGUCCUUGCUGGUGGGUUUCUCAGCAGGACAGGUACAGCUCAUUGACCCCAUCAAGAAGGAAACAAGCAAGCUCUUCAAUGAGGAGAGACUAAUAGAUAAGUCCAGAGUAACAUGCGUGAAAUGGGUGCCAGGCUCUGAGAGCCUGUUUCUAGUCUCUCAUGCCAGUGGAAAUAUGUACCUGUACAACGUGGAGCAUACUUGUGGCACCACGGCACCACACUACCAGCUGCUUAAACAGGGAGAGAACUACUCUGUACACACUUGUAAGAGUAAAUCCACACGAAACCCCCUCCUUAAAUGGACAGUGGGCGAGGGGGCUCUGAAUGAGUUUGCUUUCUCUCCAGAUGGGAAGUUCCUAGCCUGUGUUAGCCAAGACGGCUUCCUACGGGUCUUCAACUUUGACGCAGUUGAGCUUCAUGGCACCAUGAAGAGCUACUUUGGUGGCUUGUUGUGUGUGUGCUGGAGCCCUGAUGGAAAGUACAUAGUUGCCGGUGGAGAGGACGAUCUCGUCACUGUGUGGUCGUUCUUGGACUGCAGAGUCAUUGCCCGAGGUCACGGGCACAAGUCAUGGGUGAGUGUGGUGGCAUUUGACCAUUACACCACCAGCGUGGAAGAGAGUGACCCAAUGGAGUUCAGUGGCAGCGAUGAGGACUUCCAGGAUCAGAUGAUACACUUUGGACGAGACCGGGCCAACAGUACGCAGUCUCGACUUUCCAAGCGCAACUCCACGGACAGCCGGCCUGUUAGUGUCACAUACCGGUUUGGCUCAGUGGGCCAGGACACUCAGCUGUGCCUAUGGGACCUCACUGAGGACAUCCUUUUCCCCCAUCUUCCGCUCUCACGGACACGAACACACACUAACGUGAUGAAUGCAACCAGCCCCCCUGCGGGUGCUACAAUAAUCACUAACACCUCUAGCAACACUACUAAUGGAAACAACAGUGGUGCCAAUACUCCUGGCAUUAACUCCCUCUCUACUACAUUACCACGCUCCAACAGCCUACCCCAUUCAGCCGGCACCACAACAACGGCAAACAAUACCAACAAGGCUGGCGGCGGUGGUGGUGGUGGUGGCGGCGGCGGCAUCGGCAGUGGUAUUAUGGACAGUGCCAUUGCUACAGGUGUGAGUAAGUUUGCCACACUGUCACUCCAUGAUCGGAAGGAGCGCCACCACGAGAAGGACCACAAACGCAACCACAGCAUGGGUCACAUCAGCAGCAAGAGCAGCGACAAGCUCAACCUGCUGACAAAAACCAAAACAGACCCUGCUAAGACUCUGGGCACUCUGCUGUGCCCGCGCAUGGAGGAUGUGCCCCUCCUGGAGCCCCUCAUCUGUAAAAAGAUAGCACACGAGAGACUGACUGUACUCAUAUUUUUAGAGGACUGUUUAGUGACUGCUUGUCAGGAGGGAUUUAUUUGCACAUGGGCGAGGCCAGGCAAAGUGGGUUUAUUGUCAUCCCAAAACCAAGCCAGCUCUCCCAGUGGAACAGUAGUAUAGCCACAAUAUUUCUGCUGCUAAAGAACCCUGCAACCCAGAGUCUGAUGCUGCUCUUCACCCUGCAAGCAUUGCAAGUUUUCCUUUUCUUUGAUACCCUUCCCCUCCCCCUCCUCAAUUUUGUUUAUGGCUUUUCUGUUCUUUUCAUUUAUCACUCAGUUGACCUAGUGGAGGAAUGUGAAGCAAGAAAAGGUGUGGUGCAAUUGUCGACUGUUUUGCGCUAAUGUACUGUUGUUUUCUGGAGAUUUAACACAUUUUUAGAUUUAAAAAAAAGGUCUGUCAUGUCAAAUCUCAUCAGACUGUUGUCCCCUCUGGAAAUGAAGCUUGGCUUCAUUAGAUGCAAACCUGACAAUUGUGGCUUGAGAUUAAAGGGAUAGUUCAUUUAAUUUUCAGAACCUGUGUACCCCAUUUUUUUGACCUUGUGGUUUAGCCUGCUCAGGGUUACUGAACAAAAUAUGAAUUUUGGGUGAACUAUCCUUUUUAUGACCAAGUGCGUGAGCAUCUGAAAAUUUUGCAUCCAUCCACAUUCACCCACCACUUCUGUCUUUUAUGGAGUAGAAUCUCCUCAUCAAUGACUUUGCACUGAUUUUUUUUUGUUUAUUUGUUUGUUUUUAUAACUACUCUAAUGGAAUUUAAAAAAAGUUGAGGACUGCCUUGUUGCACUCGGCUUUAACAUCCUCAAUCUUGAAAUCGGAAUCUAUAAAGCUGGAUGCUGCAAUCAUAGUCUUUUUAAAGGAAAAAAAAAGUUUGCACUUAAAUUAGUUUAUUAGAAGAAAAAGGCUUUACAUUCUUGGGUGUGCUCAGAACUCACAGAUGGCUAAUACAGUAGGUGAAGAAAAUGAUAAAAACUAUUAAAACCUUAUUGAGCAUUUAUUUUAAUAUUAUUUCAGAUUCAAAUCUGCUCUGUAUCAUAAUGUGUAUAUUGUAAUUAAUUGAUUUAAUGGGGGCCUAAGCAAACUACCAUUACUCCAGUGGAAGUUUUGUCAUUGAUAGUUAUAUUUCUAAAGCCUAAAGUAUACAUAUUAAUAAUAUUAAAAUCUUGAAUACA